AUGUGCUCGUGGCCUGUGCCCCGAGAGCCCCUGCGCCGCGUGGCGGUGACCGGGGGCACCCACGGCAACGAGAUGUCUGGCAUCUACCUGGUCCGGCACUGGCUUCGGGCCCCGGGGGAGCCGCAGAGACCCAGCUUCUCCGCCACGCCCGUGCUGGCCAACCCGGCGGCUACAGCUGCCUGCCGCUGCUACGUGGGCCGUGACCUCAACCGCACCUUCACCAGUGCCUUUCUCACUGCCACGGCCCACCCAGGCGACCCAUACGAGGUGACAAGGGCCCAAGAGCUGAACCGGCUGGUGGGGCCCAAGGACUCCGGCCGGGCCUUCGCCUUCAUCCUCGACCUGCACAACACCACGGCCAACAUGGCCGCCUGCCUCUUCGUGGACAACGCCCACGACGCCUUUGCCUUGCACCUGUGCCGCCAUCUACAGCUGCAGAGCCCGGAGCUGCCCUGCCGGGUCUUCCUGUCGCAGGUGCCCGGGAAGGAGAGUUUCCACCUGGACUCGAUAGCCAAGAACGGAAUGACCCUGGAGCUGGGCCCCCAGCCUCAGGGCGUGCUGCGGGCCGACCUGUUCACCAGGAUGAGAGCCCUGGUGGCUGCAGCUCUGGACUUCAUUGAGCUCUUCAACCAGGGCACGGCUUUACCUGCCUUUGAGAUGGAAGCCUAUAGAAGCCUGAGCUUCGUGGACUUCCCCCGCACGGAGGCCGGGGACUUGGCAGGCACUGUGCAUCCUCAGCUGCAGGACCGAGACUUCGAGCCACUGCGGCCCGGCGCGCCCAUCUUCCAGAUGUUCAGCGGCGAGGACGUGCUCUAUGAGGGGGAGUCCACCGUGCACCCUGUGUUCAUCAAUGAGGCCGCCUACUAUGAGAAGGGCAUUGCCUUCUUCCAAACUGAGAAGCUCACGUUCUCCGUGCCCGCCCUGCCCGCGCUGGCCCCCACCACCACCCGGGGUCCGUAA